AUGAGCCCAAAACUAAACCUGGAGAAACAACUACAAGAACUUCCAAACACCAAGAGAGAAGGCGAAACAGCCGUCUAUCGUAAUGCACUUUACCCCGAUCUUAUUGAACGUAUUGAGCCCAAUGUGAAGACGAUGUAUGAUGUCUUCCGUAGAGGUCUCAAGCAAUCUCGUGAUCGUCCAUGCUUAGGCCAUCGUCCUAUUGUCAAUGAAAAGACCGGUCAACGUGGUCCCUAUGUCUGGCAAACCUAUCGUCAAGUAAACCACCGCAUUACCAACUUUGGCUCUGGUCUCAUCAACCUCAUCAACCAUACGCUCAACGAUUCGCGUACCCGCAACAUCCCCAUUGGCAUUUGGGCUGUCAAUCGUCCUGAAUGGACUAUCACCGACCUUGCAUGUGCUGCCUAUGGCAUGUACGUCGUCUCCUUGUAUGACACGCUUGGCCCCGACACGGUUGAAUAUGUCAUGAACCAUGCAGAGAUUGAAACGGUGGUUGUCUCAGCCGAUCAUAUCGCAGACCUUCUCAAGCUUCGUCACAAGCUGCCCAAGUUGCGUGCUAUUGUCUCCAUGGAUGCUUUGGAUCUUGAUUCUCCCUCAGGCCGUGGCACCGUUUUCAAGGCAUGGGCUGAAGAAAAGGGCGUCCUCCUCGUCGACUAUCCUACCCUUGAAGAAGCUGGCAAAAAGAAUCGUCGCUCCUUCAACCCCAGCAAGCCUGAAGAUCUCGCUUUUAUCAUGUACACCAGUGGUACUACAGGCAUGCCCAAGGGUGCUAUGUUGUCCCAUCGCAACUUUGUCUCUGCUAUCUCGGCUACCACCAUUAGCUUAGGUCAAUAUCAGGCUGACGAUGUCUCCAUUUCGUAUUUGCCCCUUGCCCAUAUCUUUGGUCGUCUUGUUGAUAUGGCAUGUUUGACUCGUGGCAAUCGUCUUGGCUAUUUCAGUGGUGAUGUCAAUGGCAUUGUUGAAGAUAUGCAAAUGCUCAAGCCCACCAUUUUCCCCUCUGUGCCUCGUCUCUUGAAUAAGGUCUAUGGCAGCAUUGUGCAAAAGACGGUGGAUGCUCCUGGUACCAAGGGUGCUAUUGCUCGUCGUGCUGUUGCUACCAAGCUCGCCAAUUUGGAAGCUGGCAAUGGUUACACUCACGCAUUUUGGGAUCGUCUCAUCUUUAACAAGGUCCGACAAGCUUUGGGUGGUCGUGUGCGUUACAUCGUCUCCGGCUCUGCUCCUAUCGGUAAAGAUGUGAUGCAAUUCCUUCGUGUUGUCUUGUGCUGUGAUAUCCGUGAAGGCUAUGGUGCAACCGAAACAUGCGCUUCAAGUACCGUUCACAAUGAAGGUGAAUACUUGGCUGGUCAUAUUGGUGUUCCUUUCAACUGUAACGAGAUCAAGCUUGUGGAUGUGCCCGAAAUGGAUUAUUUGUCCACUGAUCCUAACCCCCGUGGUGAAUUGUGCAUUCGUGGUCCUAACGUGUUUAUGGGUUACUACAAGAAUGAAGAAAAGACCCGUGAAGCCUUGGAUGAUGAAGGAUGGUUCCACACUGGUGACGUUGCCAUGAUCAAUGAACGUGGUUGCAUUGUCAUUAUUGAUCGCAAAAAGAACAUCUUCAAGCUUGCUCAGGGUGAAUACAUUGCUCCCGAAAAGAUCGAGAACAUCUACGCCAAGGAUCCUGUUGUUGCUCAAUUGUACGUACAUGGUGACUCUUUGCAAAGCUGCUUGGUUGGUAUCCUUGUUCCUGAUCCUGAAGCUCUCAACACCAUCGUUGCCACCAAGUUGCCCCAUGUUGCUUCCAAGAAACUCAGCUAUCAAGAAUUAUGCAAGAACCGUGAGGUCCACAAGGUCGUUUUGGAGCAACUCACCCGUGUUGGCAAGAAGGCUGGCUUGCGUGGUUUCGAAUUCAUGAAGGCUAUUUACCUCGAAUCAUCGCCUUUCACUAUUGAGAAUGACCUUCUCACCCCCACUCUCAAGGUCAAGCGUCCCCAAACUGCCAAGUUUUAUGAACAACAAAUUGCCGAUCUUUAUGCCGAGAUUGCUUCCUCUUCCGAACCUGCUCGUGCUAAGCUGUAG